AUGGACAGACAAGAUCAUGAUGCAUAUGACGACCCAGAGGCUCCCUUCAUUCCUACAUUGGCUACCAAACCACGUCCAACUAAAGGCAUAAAGUUUUCUCCCAAAACGAUAUGCGCUGCUCUGGCAGCUAUAUCCUUGCUCGGCAUUGGAUUUCUCUUACUACACCAGCCCUCGAGCUAUAUUGAAACACAAAAUCCGCCUUCAUAUUUCGCUGCCUUCAACUCGCAGUCAUAUCUUCAAGGUCCGCCCACCCAACGCUUUCGAGACAACCUUCGUAACGACACAAAAUACAUUACAUCGUGGACUUCAGCGGGAUGGACGAAUGACGUGAUGACCUAUGGCAAUUUAAUCUACCUGGCACUUAUAACAGAGCGUAUACCCAUAAUUGCGAAAUUCCUCUCUUCUCAUAUCGACCCAAGUGAACCUCCAUUUCCUUUUGGGGAAGUUUUUGACGUCCCUCGGCUUAGCCAAGCCAUAGGGACUCCCCUACUUGAAUGGCAGGAAGUAAAGGACUCGGAAAGUCAGGUUCUCGAUGAUAUUGGUUGUUGGAGUGUUUGGGAAAGCGUCGAAAGGUACAAGGAGGAUCCCCGUCCCCUCAUUAACUACUUGAACACAGAUAUCUCGUGGACGCGAACCCCAGAUUGGGUCAAACUGACACCUCCUGACGAAAUAGACGACCACGCGUCCUUUUGGUCACUCGCAACACUUGGGUUUCCAAAGGCUCGCUCCGACAACCUGGGAUUACCAAAUCGUCCUUCUCCUCAGCAUCACGUUUCCCUUCCCCCGGAUGAUCACUUACUAUGCUUUGAUUUGCUUUACUUCAUAGGCGCACAACGUCCAUGGGAAUGGGAAUCGGAUUAUUCUCCUGCAUGGAGAUUUGUAGGCCAACACAUGCGAUGGAACGCAAGCAUAGAAAGGCUUGCCGAUACGCAUGCCCGACGUGCCAUGAAUGUGCCAGUCGGUGAACCAACACCUCCCUAUAUUUCCGUCCACAUACGGCAUGGUGACUUCCGCGAUCAGUGUCAUGGUCUUGCUUUGGAUCAAUGUUUUGCCUCGUUGCCCAUCAUUGCACGCAGGGUAUCCGAGGUGCAAGAGGAGCUUCGCACUCAAAAGGGGAUCGAGGUCACGCAUGUCAUCAUGACGAGUGAUGAGCUUGACCCCGAAUGGUGGUCGGAGGUCCGGGCGUUGGGCUGGACGUGGGUAGAUUACGUGAAAGAGCGAACAGAGGAGAUCUACGGAAAAUGGUAUCCGGUGUUCCUCGAUGCGAUCAUUCAGUCAAAUGGAGCGGGCUUUGUUGGCACUCGUGGCUCCACGAUGUCCAAUCUAGCUCUUCGCAGAGUGCAGACGUGGCAUGAUGGACCAACUCGGAUCGUCCAAUGGGGGUGGCCGGGCGCUGAUAACCAUUGACGUGAUUGGAAAUUCGGGAUGGUGGAACCAAGAGACCUUGCGCUGCAAAAAUCAUUGGCCGAUGUGAUUUUUGUUUUUCCAACACGCUCAAUGUCCGCCUGGGCCAGAGCUCGAAUACACAGCUGGAGUUCGAUGUAUUCAUUCGUUUAUAGUACUGGGACUGAGGUUCCCACACGCAUUUCGUUUAUCUGCUGUUCAGGUGCCGAGGACGUUUUCCCGACCGACCAGA